CAAAUUGAAGUGAGCGAGAGAGAGAAAGAGAGAGAGGGAGAGAGAAAAUAUGUAAGCGGGAGGGAGGAAAGGAGGAAGCGCGUUUCGAAACUCGAAAUCUAACGAGGAGCACACUCAGAGCCACGCGAGCGGCCGCGCGACGCGGUACGAGUAUUCGGAUGCCGGUGUGAACGACGUUACGUUAUGUGUAUCGAGAAACGUGCGAGCCACGCGAGGCUCGCCUGUGCCGUCUUGUUUCUCGUGGCGAUUGCUUUGCCGCUCGGGCUCUGCCAAAAUGCCGGGGCACGCCCGGCUUCGUCCAGGGACAGGAUGGGAUCGGAUCGUUUCGAGUCGCACACCCUGGGAGCCCGCCGGCAGUACAGCCGAGACGCAUCUUUUGAGGGAAUGGAGGCUCUCGAGGAGGAAAACAGAAGGACGCUCUCGUCGCGGGGUGUUAUCAAGGAGCCAGUGGAGACGGAAGCGGAAGCGAAAGCGGAGGCCCGCGGCGAUGAACGCGGGGACAAACACCUCCUUUUGUCAGAAAAUGGUGCGAAAAUUCCGCCUCGGCGAGACGUAAAUGUCACUACUUUGAGCAAGCAACAAGAGGGCAACUUCGGCAGUCGGACGCGCAAAAAGCGUCGCAGGGCCAAGGAGGGGUCGGGAGGUCCCGAUGUCAAGGAUCGCGUGCACGGGAUCACCGAGGACAGUCGCGAGAAUGAGAUAACGGGCAAGCGGGAUCGAUCGUCGAGGAGGAGGAACGACCCUUUCUCGAGGUCGCGGCCAAAGAGUCGGGAGGCGCGAAAGUCCCGCGCGGAACGACGAAGACGGAAAAAGAAAGACAGGAAUGAGCGAAGUAGAGGAAGCGGCAGGGACCCUACUCGGUGGAACGAGAGGCGGCAGGACGUCGCGCGACGAUCGUCGAAGCGCAAGAGGAAGAUGCACGAUGGCGGACGUAUCCCCGAUGAAAAACUUGAUCUUGCUGGGAGCAAUACGUCCGAGCCAACGAUCGAAAGCUCGUCGUACUUUGCGACUCCUGAUCGCGCCUCGUUGACGGAGGCUGUCGACACGACGACGACGACGACGACGACAACGAUGUCGUCAUCGUCGUUGUCGAAUCUCCUUCAACGUCAUCCAUCGUCCGGAACGACGAGAAGACUGACGAGAACGACGCCACGGCGCAUCGGCGUUUACGCGACCGACACCGUGGAGAGGGAAUUCUCGAAGCAACUCGAGAUGGAGAUCUCCAAGUCCGCUUUCAAGGACCCUUCGAUUCUGGAUGAAGGUAUCUUCGAUACCUCUCCGAGGAAAUCGAGCGAACGGAAUGCGGAGGAGCCGGGACGCGAGGUCAACCGCGACGAGAAAGGCGUAGAGCCGACCGACUCUCCUUCAAAGGAGGGCAAAAUCGAUUUCAGGGGCUCGCAUUACGACGUCGCGAGAAUGCUCGGCUACUCGAGGACCGAGGAGGACCUACCGAUUCUGGAUCUGGAGAACGAGGUACUAGAAAGGACUAUGAAGGACUACAACGCAUACAUGACGUCGCGGUUGAAGCCGUUCUCGUUGCCACGCUACGACGAGCUGCCGAUCCGUCGCGCUUCCGGCCCACAUCCGCCGAGGAAGCCGAUAAUUAAUUCCGAGGAGAGCGUCGAGGAGACCGGCGAUGGGAGCGCGGAAGUCACUGCAGGCGUGACGGGAACGGACGACAGCGGCACGAAGGGGGACUUGUCUUGCAUAAAUGGGACGUUCCUGCCGGCGCCUCUGUCUCGCCAUGCGCUGAUCAAAUAUGUAAAGUCCUCGACCCCGGGCCACGAGUAUUUGGAAGCCGAUUACGAGUGUGUGCUGGGCUUCCAUAUGGUAUCCUCCGCGAGCCGAUUAGUCUGCAGGAAUCGUCAAUGGGUCGGACAGGUGCCGAAGUGUGAGAUCAAGCAAAACCCGGAGGAGGACGGGGUGUGCGCCGAGGCGUUCUGCGAGCACGUUUGCAACGAAAUUAACGGGCGUCCCGUCUGCUCCUGCUACGAGGGAUUUAGAUUGGACGGCCACAAAUGCGUCGACAUCAACGAGUGUUUGCUGAACAACGGCCACGGCCCCUGCCAGGACACCUGUCGAAAUUUCGUGGGAGGAUACGAGUGCUCGUGCGAGGGCUUGCGAGACGCGUCGCUCGCCGCCGACAAUCACACGUGCGAGCGCAACCGGCACACGGGUCCGUGCAGCGUCAACAACGCCGGGUGUUCCCACACGUGUCUGUCCACGAUGGGCCGGGUGUUCUGCCUGUGCCCCGACGGCUUCAUGCUCGAGGACGACUGGAAGACGUGCCAAGACGUGGACGAAUGCUCGGUGCCGGAUCUUCAGACGGAGCUGUGUAGCUACGGAUGCAUUAACACCCCGGGCUCCUAUCGAUGCGCGGCACCUAUGGAGCUGAAGGAUCAGCCGGUCCUGGACAGCCUGUCCAUCACUUGCCUGCCGGGCUACGAGCAGACCCCUCACGGGUGCAUCGAUAUCAACGAGUGCGCGGUUGAUAAUGGCGGGUGCAGCGAAGUGUGCGAGAACACCGACGGGAGCUUCUUCUGCGCCUGCGACGGGGACGAGAAGGCCUUGUCAUCCGACGGGAAAUCCUGCGUAGACAUAAAUACUAUCGCGUGCCUGCCGUUAAACCCGGUCGAUCGCGGCUAUUUAAUAUGCUCCCGAUCAGCCACGUCCAAGUUGUGGCGCGACAGGCGAAAAGUGCCCAAUCGGCCCGGCACGAGGUGCUUUCUGAAGUGUCCCCGUGGGUAUCAGCUUCACGGUGAGUACGAGAUGACCUGUCGAUCCGACGGCACCUGGGACGGACCGCAGCACGGAAAAUGCGUCAGAUAUAGCAAGCCCCGAUUGGAGUGUCCGAAGGACGUAGUGGCCGAAUUGCCGCCGGGCAGGGACGAGGCGUUCGUGACCUUCGAUCAACCGGCGACGGAUCUCGAUUGGUUCCGAUACGUGCGAUCGAAGCCGUCCUGGGGCACGCGGCUCGAGGCGAAUCUGGUGCCCGGCGUGCACGAGGUCACAUUUUUCACGCGACACCCGGUAUCGAAGAAGCAGGCCAGCUGUGUAUUACGCAUUAUCGUCAAAGGCGGCGAAGCGCCGAAAGUUAAAAACUGUCCGAGGGACAUCGAAGUCGUCGGGAGGAACGGAACGGCUAUCACGUGGACGGAGCCAACCUUCACGGACAACGUGAAAGUGACGCGGAUCAGCAAUAAUGAGAGCCCGGGUCGUCGCUUCGACAUCGGCGGUCACAGGAUCGAGUACGAGGCGAGCGACGAGGCCGGUUGGUCGAGCAAGUGCGUCUUCGCCGUGGUCCUUCGUCAGGAAUAAACGGCCGAUGAAGAGAGAGAGAGAGAGAGAGAGAGAGAGGUGCGACGGGGAAGGAUCAAGGACGCGAGAGCGAGAGAAAGGAAGCGAGAGAGAGAAAGAGAGAGAGAGAGAAAAAACGAAUGGGAGAGAGGAGGGAAGAAGCAGCGCGGAAGAAUAACGAUAAGGUAAUAUAAAUGGAAAUGCUACGGAGAAUCGGGCACAGACGUUCCUUACCUAGGCCCCGGACGUAAUGGAUUCCGUUUUGUCCGGCAGGUUACACGCGGGAAAAGUGAGAAAGAGAAAGAAAAGAACGGAUACCCUUUCGCACGUACACCGGUGUUCGAACCUCUUUCUCCGAUCUUUCUUCCUUCUCGCGUGCACUCGUGACACGCGGACGUAAUGAAGUUUUAGGACAGGCAUGGAAGUAACGUAAUGAUUAGCCGCUAGAUCAAAACUCCCGUCGGCUAUUACACUUUUGAUAGAAUAACGAUAGUUCGUAUAGCGUUGUACGAAGCAUUCCAUUGUAUUCUUACAACGAAAGAUUAUAUUGUCUUACGCAGACGGGGGAAAGUGGGAUUUCGUUCGGGUAGAAAUGCGGCAGCCUCCGAUAUGGCUUGUACAAAAUUCGCACAUAUCGCUUUCUAUGUAAAAUUGCCCCGUGAUUCGCGCGAAACUGAGUCUCUUCUUGAUUUUGCUCGACAACUGCUGGCGUAGCGGCGCACAGUGGGACCAAAGUGGAAAAAAAAUCCAGAUUUA